AUGGCAACAUUAGAGGAAUUAGAGGCUCAAACAGUUCCUGGUGACAAUGAGUUAGAUCAGGAAAUCUUAAAUUUAUCAACUCAAGAACUUUCUACCAGAACCAAGUUAAUGGAUAAUGAAAUUAGAAUUUUUAGAUCGGAACUACAAAGACUUUCACACGAGAGUAAUGUUAUGCAAGAAAAAGUUAAGGAUAAUAAAGAAAAAAUUAAGAACAACAAACAAUUGCCAUAUCUAGUUGCCAAUGUCGUGGAAAUUAUGGAUAUGAAUGAAAUUGAAGAUCAAGAAAAUAGCGAGUCUAAAACUCAAGGGGGUAACGUCAAUUUAGACAACACUUCAAAGGGUAAAGCAGCCGUGGUGAAAACAUCUUCAAGACAAACUGUAUUCUUGCCUUUAGUUGGUUUAGUUGAUCCAAAAAAUUUAAAGCCGAACGAUUUAGUUGGUGUUAAUAAGGAUUCUUACUUGAUUUUAGAUACUUUACCUUCUGAAUUCGAUUCAAGAGUCAAAGCAAUGGAAGUUGAUGAAAAACCUACUGAAACUUAUAGUGAUGUUGGUGGUUUAGAUAAACAAAUUGAAGAAUUAGUUGAAGCCAUUGUGUUGCCAAUGAAGAGGGCAGACAAAUUUAAGGAGCUGGGUAUUAAAGCUCCAAAGGGUGCUUUGAUGUAUGGUCCUCCAGGUACUGGUAAGACUCUUCUUGCAAGAGCUUGCGCCGCUCAAACUAAUGCCACUUUCUUAAAAUUAGCUGCUCCUCAAUUAGUACAAAUGUUUAUUGGUGAAGGUGCAAAGCUAGUUCGUGAUGCAUUUGCUUUAGCAAAAGAAAAAGCUCCAACUAUUAUUUUCAUAGAUGAAUUGGAUGCAAUUGGUACAAAGAGAUUUGACUCAGAAAAAUCAGGUGACAGAGAAGUACAGAGAACCAUGUUGGAAUUAUUAAAUCAAUUGGAUGGUUUUGGAUCAGAUGAUCGUGUAAAGGUGUUAGCUGCAACAAAUAGAGUUGAUGUACUGGACCCUGCAUUAUUAAGAUCUGGUAGAUUAGAUAGAAAGAUUGAAUUCCCAUUACCAACGGAAGAAUCAAGAGCUCAAAUUUUGCAAAUUCAUUCCAGAAAAAUGACUACCGAUGAUGAUAUAAAUUGGUCAGAAUUAGCAAGAUCUACAGAUGAAUUCAACGGUGCUCAAUUGAAAGCUGUAGCUGUUGAAGCUGGUAUGAUAGCUUUAAGAAAUGGGCAAUCUUCAGUAAAACACGAAGAUUUCGUUGAAGCAAUUUCAGAAGUUCAAGCAAGAAAAUCAAAAUCUGUUUCAUUCUAUGCAUAA